UGUUUCUUCUGGAUGGAUCAGAUAACACCAGAAAAGAAUUCCCAGCAAUUCGUGAUUUCCUCCACAAAAUCAUUGAUAAUCUCAACGUGGAAGAAAACAAUGACAGAGUGGCUAUGGUACAAUUUAGUAACUUGGCAGUGGCACAUUUUUAUUUGAAUUCAUUUCUGAGAAAGGAUGAUAUGUUGAAAUCUGUGCGGGGGCUCUCACAUAAAGGAGGAAGACCCCUUAAUACUGGAGCAGCUCUGAAGUUUGUGAAAGAAAAUGUCUUUACAAGCUCCUCUGGGAGUAGAUACUUGGAGGGGGUGAAACAAAUACUCAUUCUGAUAAGUAGUGGACGGUCAAGAGACAAUGUGGAGGCACCAGCCUCUGCUCUCAAGGAACAUGGGGUCUUAGUGUUUGGAAUUGGAACAAGGAGCUCUGAUAGCAGAGAAUUACAGAAUAUUUCCUAUGACCCCAGUUAUGCUCUUUCCGUGUCUGAAUUUACUGACCUCCCCAACGUCCAGCAGCAGCUUCUUUCUGCUAUGAGCACUGUCAUUGUACAGGUCACAACCAUGACACCAACAGUAAAACCAACAAUUCUAGUUGAGAGUCAGGCUCCCAAGAGGGAUGUCGUGUUCUUGCUGGAUGGAUCUGAUGGCACUAGGAGUGGAUUCCCAGCAAUGCGGGACUUUGUUCAAAGAGUAGUGGAGACACUCGGUGUGGAUGAGAACAAAGAUCGCGUGGCUGUGGUCCAGUACAGUAGAGAUCCAGCCGCCCAAUUCUAUCUGAACACAUACACAACAAAAGGAGAGAUUCUCAACACUGUAAGAGGUCUGAGACACAAAGGUGGGAGACCUCUCAACACUGGAGCAGCUCUCCAGUAUGUGAGAGACAAUGUCUUGACUGCCUCCUCCGGAAGUCGACGCACUGAAGGUGUUCCACAGUUACUGAUUCUGCUGAGUGGUGGAAGGUCCUUUGACAAUGUUGACACUCCAGCUUCUGCUCUGAAGGAGCUUGGGGUCUUGAUCUUUGGAAUUGGAACAAGGAGCUCUGAUAGCAGAGAAUUGCAGAGGAUAUCACAUGAUCCCAGUUACGCUCUGUCUGUCUCUGACUUCACUGACCUUCCAAACAUCCAGCAGCAACUUCUGUCCUCGGUGGAGUCAGUUGUUAUUGACGUUACGCCAGAAUCGACAACAGAUUUAGUUCCUCAUGACACCUCCAGAAAGGAUGUGGUAUUCCUUGUGGAUGGUUCUGAUGGCACAAGGAAUGGAUUCCCAGCAAUGCGUGAUUUUGUUCAGAGAGUAGUGGGGAAACUCAAUGUGGGAGGAGACAAAGACCGCGUUUCUGUUGUCCAGUACGGUAGAGAUCAAGAAGUUCAUUUCUAUCUGAACACAUACACCACAAAGGAGGACAUUCUUAACACUGUGAGAAGUCUGAGGCACAGAGGAGGUAGACCCCUUAACACUGGGGCAGCCCUCCAAUACGUAAGGGACAACGUCCUUACUGCCUCCUCUGGAAGCAGAAGCCAAGAGGGCGUCCCUCAGAUGCUGAUACUGCUGAGUGGGGGAAGGUCCAGUGAUAAUGUUGACAUACCAGCUUCUGCCCUGAAAGACAGUGGGGUCUUGAUCUUUGGCAUUGGAACCAGAAAUUCCAGCAGAGAGGUUCAAGGGAUUGCCACUGAUCCUAGUUUUUCCCAGUCUGUUUCUGAAUUCACUGACCUCCCCAGCGUCCAGGAGCAGUUUUUCUCCACACUCAUAACUGUACAAGUUGAGGCCACACCCAAAACCCCAACAGUCACAGUGGACCAAAGCAUUGCCAGAAAGGAUGUAGUGUUCCUGCUGGAUGGUUCCGAUGGCACUAGGAAUGGCUUUCCAGCAAUGCGUGACUUUGUUCAAAGAGUGGUAGAGAAACUCACUGUGGAGGAGAACAGAGAUCGAGUCUCUGUGGUCCAGUAUAGCAGAGAAUCAGAGGCCCACUUCUAUCUGAACACUUACACAUCAAAGGAAGACGUUGUGAACACCGUAAGAGGCCUGAAGCACAAAGGAGGGAGACCCCUCAACACUGGGGCAGCUCUCCAGUAUGUCAGGGACAAUGUCUUUAUUGCCUCCUCUGGAAGUAGGCGACUUGAAGGUGUUCCACAGAUUCUGAUACUGCUGAAUGGUGGAAGGUCCUUUGACAAUGUAGAUACACCAGCGACUGAUCUCAAGGAGCUUGGUGUCUUGGUGUUUGGAAUUGGAACAAGGAGCUCUGAUAGCAGAGAAUUACAGAAAAUAUCCUACGACCCCAGUUAUGCUCUUUCCGUGUCUGAAUUUACUGACCUCCCCAACGUCCAGCAGCAGCUUCUUUCUGCUAUGAGCACUGUCAUUGUACAGGUCACAACCAUGACACCAACAGUAAAACCAACAAUUCUAGUUGAGAGUCAGGCUCCCAAGAGGGAUGUCGUGUUCUUGCUGGAUGGAUCUGAUGGCACUAGGAGUGGAUUCCCAGCAAUGCGGGACUUUGUUCAAAGAGUAGUGGAGACACUCGGUGUGGAUGAGAACAAAGAUCGCGUGGCUGUGGUCCAGUACAGUAGAGAUCCAGCCGCCCAAUUCUAUCUGAACACAUACACAACAAAAGGAGAGAUUCUCAACACUGUAAGAGGUCUGAGACACAAAGGUGGGAGACCUCUCAACACUGGAGCAGCUCUCCAGUAUGUGAGAGACAAUGUCUUGACUGCCUCCUCCGGAAGUCGACGCACUGAAGGUGUUCCACAGUUACUGAUUCUGCUGAGUGGUGGAAGGUCCUUUGACAAUGUUGACACUCCAGCUUCUGCUCUGAAGGAGCUUGGGGUCUUGAUCUUUGGAAUUGGAACAAGGAGCUCUGAUAGCAGAGAAUUGCAGAGGAUAUCACAUGAUCCCAGUUACGCUCUGUCUGUCUCUGACUUCACUGACCUUCCAAACAUCCAGCAGCAACUUCUGUCCUCGGUGGAGUCAGUUGUUAUUGACGUUACGCCAGAAUCGACAACAGAUUUAGUUCCUCAUGACACCUCCAGAAAGGAUGUGGUAUUCCUUGUGGAUGGUUCUGAUGGCACAAGGAAUGGAUUCCCAGCAAUGCGUGAUUUUGUUCAGAGAGUAGUGGGGAAACUCAAUGUGGGAGGAGACAAAGACCGCGUUUCUGUUGUCCAGUACGGUAGAGAUCAAGAAGUUCAUUUCUAUCUGAACACAUACACCACAAAGGAGGACAUUCUUAACACUGUGAGAAGUCUGAGGCACAGAGGAGGUAGACCCCUUAACACUGGGGCAGCCCUCCAAUACGUAAGGGACAACGUCCUUACUGCCUCCUCUGGAAGCAGAAGCCAAGAGGGCGUCCCUCAGAUGCUGAUACUGCUGAGUGGGGGAAGGUCCAGUGAUAAUGUUGACAUACCAGCUUCUGCCCUGAAAGACAGUGGGGUCUUGAUCUUUGGCAUUGGAACCAGAAAUUCCAGCAGAGAGGUUCAAGGGAUUGCCACUGAUCCUAGUUUUUCCCAGUCUGUUUCUGAAUUCACUGACCUCCCCAGCGUCCAGGAGCAGUUUUUCUCCACACUCAUAACUGUACAAGUUGAGGCCACACCCAAAACCCCAACAGUCACAGUGGACCAAAGCAUUGCCAGAAAGGAUGUAGUGUUCCUGCUGGAUGGUUCCGAUGGCACUAGGAAUGGCUUUCCAGCAAUGCGUGACUUUGUUCAAAGAGUGGUAGAGAAACUCACUGUGGAGGAGAACAGAGAUCGAGUCUCUGUGGUCCAGUAUAGCAGAGAAUCAGAGGCCCACUUCUAUCUGAACACUUACACAUCAAAGGAAGACGUUGUGAACACCGUAAGAGGCCUGAAGCACAAAGGAGGGAGACCCCUCAACACUGGGGCAGCUCUCCAGUAUGUCAGGGACAAUGUCUUUAUUGCCUCCUCUGGAAGUAGGCGACUUGAAGGUGUUCCACAGAUUCUGAUACUGCUGAAUGGUGGAAGGUCCUUUGACAAUGUAGAUACACCAGCGACUGAUCUCAAGGAGCUUGGUGUCUUGGUGUUUGGAAUUGGAACAAGGAACUCUGAUAGCAGAGAAUUACAGAAAAUAUCCUACGACCCCAGUUAUGCUCUUUCCGUCAGCAGCUUCUUUCUGCUAUGA